ACAUGGCCUGUUAAUAGUCAGUUACCAAAGAAAUUAAAACACAGAGAUCUAAACUCCAAAUUCAACCAAAAUUCACAAAUAAAAAUUUUGUCUAAUUGUUUUUUCCUCUCUGAGAGGUCUGCUGUCUGUCUGCGUAUAUUUGCAGAGACGAAAGAGAGAGGUGUGCUUGUUCUGUGAAAACCAUUCAUUGACCGGACCCUCAGUUGUUCUGGGAGCCAACACCCUAUGUAUUUGCUUCUGCACAAGAAAUUUGGCCGUUUGCAGUGAAACACUAGCACUACUUGUUGCUCUUCAAAAUUCAGCGACCCAGUUCUGGGGGCGACCUGCCCCAAGGCAUCGACCGCACUCCAUUUCCUGUUGCUCGAAGGGUGAACUCCUUCCAUACAAUGAUGAUGGAUGAUGAUGUUGAGGGUGGGCCUUACCAAGACAGGCCAAGGACCUUCCCCAAUAUGCGUACAAAACCAUAUACACCCAUCGUUUUUCGAGUUCUCAUGGGAAUAAAUGUCCGGGUUCUUUUUAUAAUUUUGCUCUUGGGUUUAGGAGCAAUCUUUUAUAUUGGAGCGACUACUUCUCCAAUCAUUGUGUUUGUCUUUACAAUUUGUAUAAUCAGCUUCCUUUUGUCUAUAUAUCUUACUAAGUGGGUACUAGCAAAGGAUGAGGGUCCUCCUGAAAUGGUUCAGAUAUCAGAUGCAAUACGUGAUGGAGCUGAAGGCUUCUUCAGGACUCAGUAUGGGACUAUCUCGAAGAUGGCAGUGUUGCUUGCCCUUGUGAUCCUCUGCAUUUAUUUGUUCCGCAGUACAACUCCUCAACAAGAAGCUUAUGGCCUUGGAAGGUCAACAUCUGCAUAUAUCACUGUUGCUGCAUUCUUGUUGGGAGCCUUAUGUUCAGGUAUAGCAGGUUAUGUUGGGAUGUGGGUGUCAGUUCGUGCAAACGUUAGAGUUUCUAGUGCUGCAAGACGAUCAGCUAGAGAGGCAUUGCAGAUAGCUGUACGUGCUGGUGGUUUCUCUGCUAUGGUGGUUGUUGGUAUGGCUGUAAUUGGUAUAGCCAUCCUUUAUGCCGUUUUUUAUGUUUGGCUGGGGGUGGAUACUCCAGGGUCAAUGAAGGUUACUGAUUUGCCUCUUCUCCUUGUGGGAUAUGGGUUUGGAGCUUCCUUUGUUGCCCUGUUUGCUCAGUUGGGUGGUGGAAUAUACACAAAAGCCGCUGAUGUUGGAGCUGACCUUGUUGGGAAAGUAGAGCAGGGAAUACCUGAAGAUGAUCCUAGAAACCCUGCUGUGAUUGCGGAUCUGGUCGGGGACAAUGUGGGUGAUUGUGCUGCACGAGGUGCUGAUCUUUUUGAAAGUAUUGCUGCUGAAAUCAUCAGUGCUAUGAUACUUGGUGGAACAAUGGCUCAACGUUGCAAAAUUGAGGAUCCUUCUGGCUUCAUCUUGUUUCCUUUGGUAAUUCAUUCGUUUGACCUGGUUAUUUCUUCAAUUGGAAUACUUUCAAUUAGGAGUACUCGUGAUUCUAGUGUGAAGUCCGCUAUGGAGGAUCCAAUGGCGAUACUUCAGAAAGGAUAUUCUGUUACUAUCGUUUUGGCUGUUAUCACGUUUGGCGCGUCCACCCGUUGGAUGCUUCAUACAGAACAAGCACCUUCAGCCUGGUUUAACUUUGCAUUGUGUGGAUUGGUUGGUAUCAUAACAGCAUAUGUUUUUGUUUGGAUCACCAAGUACUAUACAGAUUACAAGCAUGAGCCUGUACGCACAUUAGCUCUUGCAAGCACCACUGGUCAUGGGACUAACAUAAUUGCUGGAGUUAGUUUGGGCUUGGAAUCAACUGCUCUUCCUGUUAUUGUCAUCAGUAUAUCUAUUGUUUCAGCUUUUUGGUUGGGUCAUACAUCAGGUCUGGUGGAUGAAGCUGGAAAGCCGACUGGUGGGCUUUUUGGUACAGCUGUGGCAACAAUGGGAAUGCUCAGCACUGCUGCCUAUGUUCUUACAAUGGAUAUGUUUGGCCCUAUAGCGGACAAUGCUGGUGGAAUCGUAGAGAUGAGUCAGCAGCCAGAAAGUGUUCGGGAGAUUACUGAUGUCCUUGAUGCGGUUGGAAACACAACAAAAGCUACCACCAAAGGUUUCGCCAUUGGAUCUGCAGCACUUGCUUCUUUCCUUCUAUUCAGUGCUUAUAUGGAUGAGGUUGCUACAUUUGCUCAUGUACCUUUUAAUCAGGUUGAUAUUGCCAUUCCUGAAGUUUUUGUUGGUGGAUUGUUGGGCUCAAUGCUUAUUUUCUUGUUCAGUGCAUGGGCCUGCUCAGCAGUUGGCCGAACUGCUCAAGAGGUUGUCAAGGAAGUAAGAAGGCAAUUUAUUGAGAGGCCAGGUAUCAUGGACUAUAAGGAGAAGCCAGAUUAUGGUCGCUGUGUAGCAAUUGUGGCAUCUGCUUCUUUGAGGGAGAUGAUAAAACCUGGUGCUUUGGCUAUUGUAUCACCUAUAGUUGUGGGUAUUCUGUUCCGGAUUUUGGGGCACUAUACAGGACAUCCUCUGCUUGGAGCUAAAGUCGUGGCUUCCAUGCUGAUGUUCGGAACAGUUUCUGGCAUUCUUAUGGCUCUUUUCCUGAAUACAGCCGGUGGUGCAUGGGAUAAUGCAAAGAAAUAUAUUGAGACUGGAGCUCUUGGAGGCAAAGGGAGUGAUUGUCAUAAAGCAGCAGUCACUGGAGAUACUGUAGGAGACCCGUUCAAAGACACAGCUGGACCUUCACUUCAUGUGCUCAUAAAAAUGUUAGCAACGAUCACAUUAGUCAUGGCUCCUGUCUUUCUCUGAAGAGCUGUUCGAUCAUAUUUAUUGCGAGUAUACAGCACCCAUUAUCCUGGAAUCUCUAGAUAUUUUUUUGCAGAUAUACAUACAGAUAGGUAUUUUGAGUGAUGUACAUCAAAAGGGGUGCCCAAUUACUAGAUAUAAUGAAUUUGCACUUUUCUGAAAAACCCAAAAUAAGAGACGUUAGUAACCUCUGCUCAAUGAAAGUCCUUUGAUAGAUACAAUUAACUUUUGAUCACUAUACUACUUUACACAUAGAGAUAAAUUACUGUUGACGCAA